AGCACGCAAAAGCAAAAUGGUACUCAAUCUGGGGACAAAGCACCGACGUCGUCUGACCGUCUAACUCUCCAUAAACGACAGCGUAUCAUCUUCUUCCAAAUUCCAAUCCAAGUUGUACACAGGAAAAUCUUCCGGAGUCUGUCAGUUUCCUUCUAAAACGAAACUUCUAGUCGGUUUCGUGUGAAUUAUCUUUCUGGAUUUUGACAGCAGCCCUCCCAAUUACUUAAUAGUUUCAUCAAUCAAAAGCCCUUUUGUCUCUCUUCUUCGGUAAGUGAGAAAGAAACCCUUUUGCAAAGAAAUCAUCAAAGUUUGAGUCUUGCUACCAUGGCCAAGAGCUCCUUCAAGCUUGAACACCCCUUGGAAAGGAGGCAGGCAGAGUCUUCUCGCAUCAGACAGAAGUACCCUGAUAGGAUUCCGGUGAUUGUUGAGAAGGCUGAAAGAAGUGAUAUUCCUGACAUUGACAAGAAGAAAUACCUUGUCCCUGCUGACUUGACUGUUGGCCAGUUUGUUUACGUUGUCCGGAAAAGGAUCAAGCUCAGUGCUGAGAAGGCUAUAUUUGUUUUUGUCAAGAACACACUCCCUCCCACUGCUGCUCUGAUGUCUGCAAUUUAUGAGGAAAACAAGGAUGAAGAUGGUUUUCUUUACAUGACUUACAGCGGCGAGAACACAUUCGGAUUCCCUGAAGUGCAGUGACAUCCAAGUUCUGUAAAUAGAGUCCGGAAGUGUAAAUUUCCGCUAUCCCCUACAUAUGGCAAAUGUCUUGCAUGCUUUACGUUGUUAUCUACGGUCUGAUUCUGCCUAAAUUGGAUCAGUUGCAUCAUUUCUUUCCUUUCGAAAUGUUUGAUUACACUUUGUCUUAAUGAAUUUACCUAAUAUAUAUAUAUAUAAGGGAUAGCAUUGAAUUUAAUAUCAA